CUGAUCGGCAGUUGAUAUAUGAUCGGAAUCAAUAUCUCUCGCCGCGGGGACCUCUACUGAGCUUUUGGGAAAAACGAGCGCUGAUGCCUCUUCCCCUCCGGACGCGUGUUGUGAAUUAAUAACCAAGACAGUCUCACCUGGAGUGUGUGUGUGUGUGUGUGUGUGUGUGUGUGUGUGUAUGCACUAAAGUGUGUGUGAGAGUGUGUUUCUCUGGAUCAGAUCAAGGAUCGAGGUGUAUCACUGGCUUGGUUCCGCACACGCACAUAUACGUACGCAGACCCAACACACACCGGGGGGAUUUGGGCACCGCAUGCCGGGGACAUGUGGAAGUUUGCGCCGCUGUAGCGCUGCCAGAGAGCAGGUCCACCACCUCGUCGACCCCCCCUCUCUCUGCCCAGGGGGACCAGAUUCUCGGUUCACAGCCUUCACACACCGUACCCCCUCUAAGAAGACCCAAAUGUAAAUUCAGAACGACAAAAUUUCAGAAACACACGUCUUAAAAGGGAGGUCAAGGGAAAGGACGGCAUCCCGUUGCGUGCAGAGUUUGGUGAGCUCUAUCGGGGAUUUCAGGGCUUUUAUUUUCUAACGUCCUUGUAUUUUCUCAGUAUUUUGUGGGUCUCAUAUUGGCACCCACUUGCCGCAGUGAUGGUGGGAGCUCUGAGCCCCGUUGGCCCUGGCCGCUUCCCGGCGACUGCGCUGGGACCGUUGGUGGGUGUUCUGGUACUGGUCCUGUCAAGAGGAGCGGACGGCCAGCCCUGCCCGGCCCAGUGCUCCUGCACCGGGACUACAGUGGACUGUCACGGCCAAGGGCUCCGCGGCGUGCCCAGGAACAUACCACGCAACGCAGAAAGACUGGAUCUGAAUGCAAACAACCUCACUAAAAUCACCAAGGCGGAUUUUGCAGGACUGAGGCAUCUGCGAGUGUUGUAA